UCAUUCUGAAAAAAACAACACCAACAGCGGUAGCUCUCCUCGCCUCAGUGAGGUUUUCGUUGCCCACUCGUGAUGUCGUUGGUGUGUUGACAGGCUUCACAUGUUUUCCCUGCUGGGUGGCAAACCUCACUCGUACUAAAAACUGAAAAAAUGGAAUACCUCCUUCAAGUAAAAAUCGGAGCUUUGAUCGGUUUGCUGUUGUUAACUCUUCUUUUUGGAUUCAUCCCUGCUAAAGUCAAAUGGUUCAGGCAAACAAACGGAUCAGAAACCCACCGGACAGUCCUGAGCCUGAUCAGCUGCUUUGCUGGAGGCGUGUUCCUGGCAGCAUGUUUACUGGACAUUAUUCCCGAUUACUUAUCUGACAUCAGCGCAGCGCUGGACGUUCAGAAGCUGGAGACCAGCUUUCCACUUCCAGAGUUCAUCAUUGCCGCAGGCUUCUUCACUGUCCUCAUCCUGGAGAAAACCGUCAUGCACUUUCGGGAACGAAGAGGGGCUGGUGAGGAGAGAGCCCCCCUGUUGUCAGGAAACAGGAACGGCCACGGCCACGGCGCCGUCACGACCCCCGAUCUGGAGGACAGCGCCCAUCACGUCCACGUGGACUUCCAAGCUCACUCCCCCUUUCGAUCAUUCAUGCUAUUCCUCUCACUUUCACUACACUCGGUUUUUGAGGGCCUUGCAAUCGGCCUUCAAAGCACAGAUUCAAAGGUUUUAGAGAUCUGCAUUGCUAUCCUGGUCCACAAGAGCAUCAUAGUGUUCAGCUUGUCGGUGAAGCUGGUCCAGAGCGCCGUUCAACCAGCAUGGGUCGCCGCGUACAUUUUUGUGUUUGCCAUGAUGUCACCUUUAGGCAUCGCUAUUGGCAUCAGCGUGGUGGAGGCAGCUUUGACGUCCGGAGCUCUAAUUCAGGCCAUUCUGGAAGGGCUGGCUGCAGGGACAUUUAUUUACAUCACCUUUAUGGAAAUCCUGCCCCACGAGCUCAACUCUGCCGGGAAGCAGAUCCUCAAGGUCCUCUUCAUCCUGCUCGGCUUCACGACCAUGGCAGCGUUGACGUUUCUAGGUUGAGACGCUUCCUUUGCAGUCAACAUGUCUGCCGGGAAAAGAUCGAAGGGUUUUGGUGCCGCCCACUAAAGUCGCCCGCCAUUGUUGGUGACAUCGAUGCAGAAACUACUUUCAGCAGAAGUGAAACUGCAGGGUUUGCUGCUGCACUGUUACAUCAACGACCCCGAUUUUCAUUUUAAGUCUUUUUUUAACAGAUUUCAAUGCAGUCAGAAGCUCUGACAUGAUUUGCACAUGUAAAUUUAGAGAAAACCAUUUCAGAGGACAAACAAUGUGUCCUCACAUCUAACUGACCUUGUUUUAAAACUCUCUUUCGGUUUAUAGAUCUACUGCUUUUAACUAAAAGGAAAUCACUGGAACAAAGGGCUUGGUUGUAAAUAUGUUCUUCAAAUAUAUACGCUAGCAUCUUAAAAGGUUGCAUGACAUCUACAAAUCAAGAAAGAGUUAAGACAUUUUAUUUUUUAUUACUUUUUUUAUUUUUUUACAAAAACUGAGUGCCUUGUCACCCUUUGUAACAAAAUACUUUACUGGUACUGUUUUAUUUUUUUUCUUAGCCUCGGCUGCGAGGUUACUGUCGCACAUUCCACUGUUUUUUUUGUGUUUGUCUUAUUUGUCAUUUUCAGUCUUGUUGCAGUUUUUACAUUUGUUCAGUAAAAUAGAAUAAAUAUUUGACCGACUGGUUUAUUUGAGUUCAAACACAAAUGAGCCCUUUUCCAUAUUUUUUUAUUUUACAACAGUAAACAGUGCUUUGAAACACCUUAGCACCUUAAAGCAAGGCAUUUUUUAUUUACACACUGUAGACUGAAAAUCAGAUACAUUUGUGUUUUGCUGUUUCUCCUCACAUGGAUGUGCUAAGUCUAUCGUAUUUUGUGCAUUAAGUCUUUAUAACUCCAGUUUGAGUCUUUCAUGCAUUCGCCAGAUUGCUUUCUCGCUUGAGAAAGUUGGGCUCAAAAAAGAAAUGUGGUUGUUAGCAAAAUAAAGUAGCUACAGCUAAUUUAAAGAUGGUUUGCUACAUGUGAUUAUUUAUCAGCGAUCUUUCUGUUUUUGGCAAACAUUUAGUAUCCAAGCAGUGACCUAGACAACUUUAGUUUUGGUGUACUGUUUAAAAAUGGUGAAAACUUUUUGACUAUAUGCCUGGAUUCAUCACAUGAUGUUGAUUUUGUGCCUUACAAUUGUACAUCUUUUUUUUUUUUUUAUAGAGAUGAGGGUUUUACCAAUCUAAACAAAAUAUAGCCAUAAACAUACUAUUUCAUUAAUUCACUAAAGUAGUGUUUUAUCAAGUUUGGUUUCCUAAUGGUGAACAUUAUGUCAUAGCAAUCCAAAUUCUAAUGUGUUCUUUAAUGUUUAUUUUUAAAUAAAGGUGUAAAAUCCCCAAUUUUGCAGCAAAAGUUUUAAUGCUGGUUUAUUAGUGUUGCACCAGAUGACUUCUGCCACUAGAUGGCAGUGUUAACUGAUUAGUUAGAAGUCCAUUUUUUUAAUGGACCAUUUCUAAAACCUUGAUUUAUUCAUACAUUUAUAGGCAUUUUUCCAUGAACAGCUUUGGACUAUUUACUGAAUCAGUGUGCUGAGCAUGAAUGAAUGGAGGAAUGAUCUUUAUAAUUAACGUUUCUAAAAAAAAUAAUAAUAAUAAGAGGAAGUUUUUUGGUCCUAAAACUGCAAACCAACCCUCAACUUUCAAUAUUCUAACAUUGUUUUUGUUCUCACCCUAAAUAUAAUAUAAGUUUGUCUAUUGUCUUUUUGCCAAAGAAAAAUUUCCUCAAAGGUCUUGGGGACAAUAAAGUGUUUUGUUCUAUAAAUUAA